CUAUCGUCAGUCUCGCUUCAUUCGCAGCUCGCGUAAUUGCAAAUGCAAAAUGUGGAAACGUUUAAAUUUCUAUAAAAUAUUAUCAUAUUGUGGUUGAGUUUUUGUGUUAUGUUAUCAAAAUGCCUGCAUCAAUUGGUGUUAAUUUACGUGUAACUGGCCAUUGUAGCCAAGGCGGGAGAAAGUAUAUGGAAGAUUUGUUUUCUGUUGCGUAUCAACAAACUGAGGAUGAGAGAGAUUUAGAAUACGCUUUUUUCGGAAUAUACGAUGGUCAUGGUGGAGGCGAAGCUGCCGCCUUUGCUAAGGAACAUUUAAUGGACUCAAUAGUAAAGCAGCGACAGUUUUGGUCCGAUAAUGACGAGGACGUUCUGAAAGCUAUUCGCAAUGGUUACAUGUUGACCCACUUGAAUAUGUGGAAAGAAGUAGAAAAAUGGCCAAAAACAGUAACAGGGUUGCCAAGCACUGCCGGUACUACAGCAAGUAUAGCGUUCAUAAGACGUGGCAAAAUUUACAUUGGCCAUGUUGGUGAUUCUGCUAUUGUACUCGGUUACCAAAAAGAUGGUUGUGAAGAAUGGGCUGCCAAACCUCUAACAUUAGAUCACAAGCCAGAAUGCAGUACAGAGAUAGAGAGAAUACAGCGUUGUGGAGGCAAAGUUGUGUCAAAAGCAGGAGUGCCUAGAGUGGUAUGGAACAGACCUCGUCCAGGGCACAAGGGGCCCAUAAAGAAAAAUACACCUAUGGAUGAAAUACCAUUUCUGGCUGUGGCACGAUCUUUGGGUGAUCUAUGGAGUUACAAUCCUCAAAAUGACGAAUUUAUUGUCAGCCCUGAUCCUGAUGUUGGAGUGUUGACCAUUGACCCCUCUAAGUUCCGUUGUCUAAUCUUUGGUACUGAUGGUUUAUGGAACAUGAUAUCACCUGAAGGAGCAGUGACCUUAGUGCAAGCUACGGAGAAACACAAUGAGGCAGCGUUAGUUGGUGGAGGGAGUCAACCAAGGGAUUGGUUAAACCCCUCAAAGAGUCUCGUUGAUCAUGCUCUGGAGAGAUGGUCCAACACUAGAAUGAGAGCAGAUAACACAUCAGUAGUUACCUUAAUGUUAGACCCACCGGGACCGCCUAGAGCCACCGUCCUUAGAUCCAGAACGCCACAAAAACCUCAGACCUUAGUGUCACCCGCAGCACCUUCACAACCCGUAGGAACCGCUUCAAAAGUGGAUGAGGCUAAACCCGAUCCCAACACGGAAGGUGAAAAUCGGCAGGUCCCACAGAACGGCCUCACUAUCAUGACGCGUUACUCCGACGUCGAUAAACCUGCACCCUCCGCCGAUGAAUCCGAGCGAACCCCUCUCCCUCCCUGCGCCUCAAUAGACGGACGUUUCUCGGUUGGAGCUCGAGAGGAAACCAGCAACGAAAAUAAAGAAGACAGUGACACCAUUUUAAACUACGGCAACCCUGCCGAGUCCUACUUUAUGGCGCGCUUACUGAACAGAAGUCGCGUCGUGAAUACGCUGUCCGAAGUCUACGACGAAAUAGUCAGUGGCCGUCCAAAAGAUUCCGCCGAGCCUAGUGAGCCGUCCCCCGCUCCUACGACCGCUCUGCCCGAGGAGAAGAGCGAGGAGAGCCGGCCGCCCGCCGGCCCUCGUCAGUCUCUACCGCCGGAGGAAACAACCAACACUGAAGUUCCCGCAUCGGAGUCGGAUGACAUCAGCAUACAGAUAAACGAGGUUUCGUCGAGCUCGCCCACAGAGGCGCCCGCACGACCUCGCGGCCGGCGCUUCCGGGAGUCGCGCCGGGAGCCCGCCGCGCCCAAUGACCGCGUACUGCGCUCGCACCACGAGCCCGAGCCGCAGCGCCCGCAGACGCGCCAGGCCUCCACGCGCUUGCGCGAGCCCGCCGCCCCCGCGCCCGUUCCGGCAGUGCCCGCUACCCCUGUGCCCGCGCCCGCCGCCGAGCGCGUGGUGAUCCUCACGCGGCGCGAGCUGCGGCCGCCGCCGCGCCGCGCGGCCGCGCCCGACCCCGACGAGGCGGCGCGGCGCACGCGCUCGCAGCUGGCGGCGCGCAGCGGCGGCGGGCCGGCGGGAAACUCGCCGCGCGCCCCGGGGCCGGCGCGGCGGGCCCCGGCGGCGCCCGCCCGCUCGAAGGAGAACCGCGGCGCCGCGAGGGGCCGCGCCCGCGCCCGCGCCGCGCGCGCCUCGCCCUCGCCGCCCUCGCGCCCGCCGCGCACGCGCCGCGCGGAUGACGAGGCGGAGGUGCACUCGACGACGGCGGACCGCGAGGCGCGCGCGCUGCGCUCGCGCAACGACGCGGCGGGCGAGGCGGGCGGCGCCAAGCGGCCGCGGCUCGACGACGGCAAGCCCAAGUGCGCGCGCGCGCUGGGCAAGCGCGCGUCGGGCCCGUGGGCGCCCGCGCUGGCGCUGCGCAACCGCCUGCGCCGGCGACUCGUCAAGUAGCGCUAGGGCGCGUCCGGGAGUGUGGUGUUGCAACGGUGCCUUCGAAGUACUGCCGAAGUACUCUUUUGACUGUUAUGUCGCGCGUGGCUCGCGAGAGAUCCAAAGAUGACUGCGUCGUAUACGGUUAGAUUUCUGUUGUUUUUUUUUUUUAUUUUAUUUUAUGGCUAGUUCGAGCUCGAAUCGUUGCCGAUAGUGUUGCGAUCGAAUCCUUAGUUGUUUAGCGCCCGCCGCCCGCGGCACCCUAUUUUAGUUCUCGACUGUUAGUUUUCCGUUCGCUUCGUUCCUGAUUAUGAAUUAUACCCACGGUCAUGGUCGACGUGAACAAUAGUACAAAAGCGUAUUGCAUAGUUAACUCGUAAGACGAAAGCGUGGACCAGGCGGAUAAUGUUAGCCCAAAUGAAUACAUAUUUAUUUAUCUAUAUUUAUAGCACCUAUCGUGUUGCAUUUAACUUUAGGCGAAAUGUGAAAAUUUGAUUUUCAUAGGAAUCAUGUGAAGUCAGAGGCUACAUGUGACUGACAUUGAACGGUUUGCGAUUUUUCACAACCUUAUGUACUUUUACAGGAGUUUUCGUUUUGUAGCUAGAGAAUGCGAUGUGAAUUAGAUAUUGUACCAAGAGUGCUUUUUCAAUAGAUUAAAUAUAUACAAGUAUUUUGUAUUACGGAUGAUAAUAUUUUUAUACAAAUCGCUGGUAAAUUUAUAUAGUACACUGUACGAAAACGUUUUUCUUUGCAAAGUGUGACUAAUAAAUGUCAGAAGUUAUUCUUUUGGAAAAAGAAAUAUAUUUUGUGUACUCAGUUAUUCAAACUUGAUUUAUAUAGAUAUAAAUAUGAUAAAAAAUCUUUUAAUGACGUGUCUAUAAAUUACUUUUUUUUCACAUGCAUGUUUUGUAAAUAAUUUUUGUCUUGAACGAUUUAAGAAUACCAUUCUUAUAUAUUCUGUUUACCAUUAACAUUAUUUUUACAUAAUUAACAUUAUUGUUACAUAAGUAACCGCAUUGUAUAUUUACAUUUUGUCAUAUAAUGUAUCGUUAUGCCUACAUAUAAAAAUAUACAAAGAUUUACCAUUUAACUCUUGGUGCUUGAAUAUUACUUCUAAAUUCCUUUAAAUCUCGAUUUCCACUAUAUUUUAAUCUCCACAUUAAUAAUAAUGCAUUGUGAUUAUAAACCAUUGAUUUAUAUUUAAAGACCAAAAAACCAUUUGUGUUUACGAUUUUGUUGACUCUGUAAAUUACAUUUUAAAUAAA